AUGUUGGGCUUCUGGGGUUUGACCGUUUUUCCUGAAAAGACCUACAGCCAGGUCGUCGAGAACUCUUUCAAGUUGUCGAUGGCUGCUUUGGACGAGGAGACCAAGCCUGGUCGCUCCUCCAUUCGCGUCACCGUCGACAAGAAGACCUUCAUCCUCUGCUCCUUGACCGCCGGAAAGGCCGAGCAGCAGACCUUGGACUUGGUCUUCACCGAGGGCGAGGAGAUCACCUUCUCCGUCUCUGGCGAGAACUCCGUUCACUUGUCUGGAAACUACCUCCCCGACGACGAGGGCAUGGACUUUGACUCUGAUGAGGAGGACAUGUACGGCGACGAGGAUGAGGAGGAUAUUGAUGAGGAUGAGGAUGAGGAGGACGAUGAGGAGGAGACCGUCAUUGUCACCAAGGGUGCCAAGCGCGUCGCCCAGUUCGAGGAGCCCAAGAAGGCUGCUGCUGCCGUCCCCGAGAAGAAGCAGAAGGUCACCGAGGCCAAGGCCGUCCCCGUCAAGAAGGAGGAGCCCAAGAAGAAGGAGGCUGCCCCCAAGAAGGAGGAGCCCAAGAAGAAGGAGGAGCCUAAGAAGAAGGAGGAGCCCAAGAAGAAGGAGGCUGCCCCCAAGAAGGAGGAUAACAAGAAGGUCCUCGCCAACGGCUUGAUCAUUGAGGAUGUCAAGGUCGGUACCGGUGCCGCUGCCAAGUCUGGCAAGAAGAUCGGUAUGCGUUACAUCGGACGCCUUACCACCGGCAAGGUUUUUGACAAGAACACCAGCGGAAAGCCCUUCAACUUCAACCUCGGUCGCGGUGAGGUCAUCAAGGGAUGGGAUCUCGGUAUCCAGGGCAUGAUGUUGGGCGGUGAGCGUCGCUUGACCAUCCCCCCUGCCCUCGCCUACGGUGCCCAGGGUGCUCCCCCAGAUAUUCCUCGCAACGCCACCUUGGUCUUUGAGGUGAAGUUGGUUACUUUGAAGUAA